UCAGAUUCCGGUGACUCACAGCUCAAGACGCAAGAUGAUCGCUCGAGCUGGGAUCGCUGUUGCUUCCGUUCCGCGGGCGCAAGUUCUCGCCGCACUCCCGCAGCACUUCCAGAGCCUCGUGGCAUCGCAGACCCUCGCAAAACAUAAUUCAGUGAAAGCCUCGCUUGGCAGCAUCAGGUCAACACACCCAGCGGCUUGUUCAGCGAUUCAGGUUGUCCCUGCUGGUCGUCGCUGCUUCACUACCGAUAGUAGCGACACGCCGCUUCAUUUUGACACUCACAACGUCGUCAAGAGUCUGCAAGACAAAGGUUUCUCACCAGAUCAGUCGGAAGCUAUUCUGCAGGUGAUGAAAGAUGCCAUGGCCGACUCAUUGGAGGCCCAAUCACGCAUCUUGGCCACGAAAUCCGAGCAUGUGGAACUCAAGGCGGAACUGUCCGAGCGAGUUUUCAACUCCACUCUCAAGUUCGGUAAGCCUACGAGGUUACUGAGAAAAUUGAGCUGGCAUUUUAUGGACUGUAAACACUUGUGGUGCUAUAUAGAUAUUGCACAGCGCCAUUCGCGAGAGCUGCUGGAGCGCGACUUCAACACACUGAAGCAGGAUAUUCGCAUGCUGGAAAAGAUCGACUUCGACAAGAUCCGCAUGGAGAUUGCAGAGCUCGAGAAGAAGUUUUUGCUGCAGAAGCAAGCGGAGGACGAAACUUUGAAUGAGCUCCGACUGUCUAUGGAGAAGGUAGAGAAGCGCAUGCUCCAGUACGCGGUGGGUUUUGCCGGUACCAUCAUGGCUGUGGGCGCCGCGUUGCUACGUUUAGUCCUAUAAAACUUAAAACAAAAUGAGGCCAUUUGUUCUAUGAUGCCCAACGCACAGGACGCACAUGAUAGCGUAAUGUACACUUGUAUUCCUGAGCGCAGACUGCGC